AUGAAAGUAAUAUAAGAUGUAAAAAAAUUGCACUAAGAACUCCAAAAGCCUGAAAAGAGCCAUAAGUAUAAAUAAAUCAUAGAAGAAUUAUCUGAAUACUUUCUUUUUGGAGAUCACCAAAAAGAAGAAAUAUUUGAGUAUACUAUUAAGAUUAUUAAGUUAUUUGGCUGAACAAAAUAUAUUAAGCUUAUUUUACUAGAAACUCAAAUCUGCAAAUCAUCAAUUAACUAUUUUUAUUAUUGAGAGGACAUCCAUGGUUAUGUAAAUUGUUGUGUCAUUAUAGCACUAAUCUUUAAAAUCCACUCAAUAUAAAUUAUGUCUUAAGCAACCCAGCUUUGCAUGAUUUUAUUAACCAUAACUACGACUUCAAUAAUCCAGAAAUAGUAGAUUAUUAUGUGAAUUUCUUAAAGACUAUUGCUAUCAGAAUUAAUAGAGAAAAUUUUUAUCUUUAUUUCAAUUAGCGAUAUUGUACCUUCCCAUUACUAUGGUAAGCUUAGAAAUUUAUUGACUAUCCAGAUGAAUUAGUUAAGAACACCAGCUAAAAUAUAGUUCUCAGUUUAUCAAAAUGUACAAUAUUGUAGAAUAUUCAUCAUAGUGUCAUCCGAGCCUAAAAAAGAAAAGCAAACAGAAUCAGUUAUUGUUAAUUAAAAUAAAAUUAUGGUUCAAUUUAAACUUUAUUUAACCUCUUCACCUUUCAAAUAAGUAUACAAUAAAUACAUAUUUCAAAUCUAAUAAAUGCUAGAGUCUUUCAAUAUAGAUUCAAAAGAUCAACUAGAUAAACUUGAAGAUGUUCUUAUGUUUUUUAAUGAUCUCUUAACCGAAUGUCCAUUCUUAUCUACUCUUCUGGAGAAGUUAAUUUUAGAUAAAUUAAUUUAGCCAAUCUUAGAUAGCCUUUUACUGGGUAGAAAAACCUCUUUUACUCUUGGAUAUGAAGUAGGACUAUUUACAAUUUAUCUAUUCCUUACGAAAUUGCCUUUAGUAUAUCCAAUAAUGUCUUAUUUUUGUGAAGAUUAAAUAUUUAUUGAUGAGGCCAUUCAAAAUUAAAAAGAAGCGAAAUAAUAGUAAUAAUGGAUAUAUGAUACAAAGAAUGUGGAGUUAGAAUUCUAACAUAUUUUCUAUAAGGAAUUGGAAGUUAAUUAAGAGAUGAAGGAAGUAAAAAAUAAGAAAACCAAUCUAAUAGUAAAUCCAUAUAGAAAUCAUUUUCUAGAGCUGUUAAGAGUAAUUAUUAUAUCAUUUAUUUAGUCAAAACACAACACAAUAUUGCAUCUCUAUCUUUCCAUUUGGUUUGUGGCCAAAUAAAAUAAUUACUAAAUACCAUCAAUGCAGAUUAUCAAUGUAAAGAUUAUUUCUAAUUAGUUAUUAAAUUUAAAAGAGGAAAUUGUUUACUCUAAAAAGCUUCUUGAGUUAAUAAUUCUAUUAACUAUCAAUGAGGAUUUGAAGGAGUUGAAACAAUUGUAUUAACAAUUAAAAAAUAAGGUCGUAUCUAUAAUUUAAAAUUUAAAAGUUACAAACAAAAAAUAAAGUGAAGGAUUGUUUGUCAAUUGGGAUAUUAUAGAAAAUUUUGAUUGGGAUAUCUUUACAAAUUCUCAACCUGCCUUAAAAUUAGAGGAUUUGAAACCAUAUAAUCAUAAUAAUAAACUUUCAGAUUUUAACUAUGUGUAUUUGUGGAUUUUAUUGAAAUGCUCAGUUAAAAAUUAUCAGAAGAAGGGAAUAAAAAACUUAUACAAAAUUAACAAAGAAAUCGAAGUGUAUUAGGCGUGUGAACUGAUACAAUUAGCAAAUUAAUAAAAUGUAAUUAAAAUUAAAGAAUAUGUAGUAUUUGAUUCUUGAUGUAAAUUCAGGUUAUUUGAUUCACACUGUCCUUUAAAAGAACUCUUAAUCAGGAAUUGUGAAAUUUGUACAGCCUCUAAAAGCAAUAGAAUGCUCCUUUAUGGAAGACGUUUUGAUUCUAGAAUGCAAUAAUUUAUGCAUCAAUUAAUUUUAACCAUAUCACUUAAAAAUUCAAUCAGAUGUUAUAACAUCAGUAAUUGACAGAAUUUACUAAGCAUAACAAUCAAUGAGUUAAUUAAUUAUUAAUAAAUUGGAAGCACUUUAUGAUGAAAAAACUGAUUUUUUUUUAAUAAAUUGA